AUGAAUAUAUAUUGCCCUUUACAUAACAAUGAAAUAAUACAAAUUGAUGUUGAUAUCAAUACUCCUCUAGGAGAAAGAGCUGUUUGCAUAGAAUGCCCAUCCAAAAAUCGUGAGAAUAUUGCUAGAAUCUUACAGAAAUACAAGGAUGUUAAUAAGUCUAUUGUAGAUGAAAUAAGAUAACUAAAAAAUAUUUAAAUAAAUUCUUAAAAGGAUUUAAAAAAAAGAAUCUCUAACAUACGAGAUCACUUCAAUCUGCAAAUAAAUAAAAUAGUAGAUAAAAUGGAUAAUGAGAAUAACAAUAUUUUAAUUAAUUUAAUUGAGAAAGAAAAAGAGCUCUAAGUGCAUGAAGAGGAGUAGUUAACUUUAUCGAAAUUAUAAAAUAUUGCUUAAAUGGUAGUUCUAAGUGCUAAUAAUAUGGACCCAUUCAUUUCAUUUUCAGAAGAAUAUCAAUAAACAAUAAAAUCAAUUGAACUUAUUAAUUAGUAGUUAUCAACAGAAAUAGAAUAGUUACGUAUAAAUAUAUAGAACCAACUAAAUUAAAUAAGUGAGCAUCUUUUAACAUAUACAAGGGACUGUGUAAAAGAAAAUACUGUGAUCAACAAUGAAAGUUUAUAUAAAUCAUAGUUUAAGUGCAAAUAAUAAGUCAUUUAUUAAUUAGAUCAGAACUAUGAUACUUGUGCUUUUAAUGAUAAAUUAUUGUUUUUAACUAAUAAGAAUUAACAAAUGAUAGAUAUUUAUAAAUUGGAAGUAAAAGGGAUAUUUAAAAAAUUAUUAACAUCAUUAAAUGAUGUAAUUAGUUUAGGAUUAAACGAAUAGUAACUUUUUUUAAGAAGUUCUGAAAAUGGCAUUUCUAUUUACUAAAUAGAUAAUUCAUUUGUCUAAAAAUAAACUAUAAUUAGAACUCAAAAAGAUGAAGGAUGGAAUACAUGUAUGGUGUCAAUUGAAAAAAAAUAAUUUUUAAUUUGUGCUUAACCAUCUCCUAAGAUAAUAAUCUAUAUCAAAGAUUAAGAAAGUUAGAAAUGGUCUGAACAUUAGGUAUUAGAGGGUUUCUGUUGGCCUGUAUAGGAUUUGAGUUGUCAUCAUAUAACAAUGAAUAUAGUUAUAUGCACUCCUAAUAAAGAUAUAUUCGUUUGGAAGUAGACAGUAACUAAAAAUAAUUAAAUAAAAUGGGUGCCAUUAUGCGAUCCAAUUAAAAAGGCUCAUAUUGAUAGAAUUUAUAGUGUAAGUUGGGUUAAAACAGAUUAAUUUAUUAGUGGAGGAUUGGAAAUAAAAAAUUGGAAACAGGACAAAAGUGGUAGUUUCAUUAACAUCUAAAAAUUAGAAAAAUAUCAUAUAAUAUAAAGAUUGUGUUAUUUAAUAAAUCCUAACAUUGUAAUAGUUUAAGAAUAAGAUAACUGUUUAGAUAUCUGCUAUAUUGAUGAUAAGGAUUAGCUUGUUAAGUAAGACUCCAUAAAGGGAAACUAUAAAAUAAUUUCUGUAUCAUAAGGAUCAAGUUCAAUAGCUGUGAAUAAUGUUUAGAAUAAGAUGUUACAAAUAUUGAGAUUUUAUUAUUGA